CCAUCAUGAGGAAAACCAGUAAAUGUAGUCAAAAUAGAGAAGAGAAGGACCAUUAUAUGCCUUUUAAACACUCCAUCCUCAUCAAGUAGGGUAGUAGUACCAUAAAGGGGAUGACUUGAGACUUUUACUUGUUCUUUAUCAGUUAUUCAAAUUGACCCUUGUCACCUAAUUAUCUAAAUAUAAUUGUCUCUUCGUUGUUUUCUUUCAUUUCUCUUCUUCUGUUCACCUGACCUGACAGAUUAAAAAACUCAACCACAAUUUUCACAGAUUUCUUCUUUCCUUUGUUUUUGGAGAUGGGAGUUUUCUGGUCUAAUCUAGCAUCAUUAGUUAAGCAACGGUGCUGUGGCAAAAUCAAGAAAAAAGUGGGUGCAGCAAGAGAUGGACAUCCAGAAGAAGAAGAAGGAAGUGAUUCAUGGGGUUUGUUUUUCAAGCUUCAAACUCUUGAAAUUGCCACAAAUUUUUUCUCCGACUCUAAUAAACUCGGGCAUGGAGGUUUCGGACCCGUUUAUCUGGGGUUGCUGCCAAAUGGUGAGCAAAUUGCAGUAAAGAAGCUGAGUUUGAAUUCAAGACAAGGAACUAAAGAAUUCACAAAUGAAGUGAAAUUGCUGCUGAAAAUACAACAUAGAAACUUGGUUAGACUUUUAGGCUGCUGCAUAGAAGGUCCUGAGAAGAUGUUGGUCUAUGAGUAUCUGUCAAACAAGAGCCUUGACUACUUUCUCUUUGAUGAGGAGAAGCGAGCAACGCUAGAUUGGAAAACACGGUUCGAGAUUAUUAACGGAAUCGGAAGGGGUCUUCUGUACCUGCAUGAAGAGUCACCUGAAAGAAUAAUACAUAGAGACAUCAAAGCUGGUAACAUACUUCUAGAUGAACAGUUAAAACCAAAGAUUUCAGACUUUGGCUUAGCAAGACUCUUUCCUUGGGAUGAUACUCAUGUUAGUACAUUUAGGAUUUCUGGCACUCAUGGCUAUAUGGCUCCAGAGUACGCGUUGCAUGGGUACCUGUCUGCGAAAACUGAUGUUUUCAGUUUCGGGAUACUGGUGCUAGAAAUUGUAAGUGGGAGAAAGAAUCAUGAUGACAGUUUAGAAGAAGAUAAGUCAGAUCUCCUGAGCUAUACCUGGAAUAUCUGGCAAGAACAGAAGGCACUAGAGUUGGUCGACCCAAGUAUAGAGACAAGGUUUAAUAGUGAAGAAGUAGUAAAGUGUAUUCAACUAGGGCUGCUAUGUUGUCAAGCAAGUAUUGCAGAUAGACCAGAAAUGAAUGCAGUUCAUCUCAUGCUAGAGAGCGAAUCUUUCACAGUACCUAAACCUGGAAAACCAGGAUAUCAAGGACGUGUCGGUCGCUGGGCAACCUAUUCUUCCACUACUGCCACAAGUAAUACCAAAUCCAGUGAACAUUCUGACAGUACUGCUAUGACUAAUGCUACUUAUUCUUUAACCAGCAGUGUAGAUGAUUAUCCCAGAUGAUUAGUCUCCAUUUUUAUGUUAUAAUAUUUUCCACGAUUUCUAUAUUUUAUAACUCCGAUUGAGAGCAUAUUAUGUAAAUUUAUUAAUCUAAAGAUUCAAUUGAUUCAUUUUA